UUGAAACGAUAAGUUAGUCCUACUAUUAUAUAUUGAGAUUCUCCUCAAUGUGAGUCAUCUCAAACCUGACUUGACGUGUACAUAUUAAUCAUAAUACCUAGUUAUUUUAUUGUAUAAUUAUAACAAAUGUUGCGUGGGUUAUUUCAGUGACACAAAAUGGUGUAUUCUGUGUGUUAUUUAAAAUUAAUAUUAACGUACUUAAUAUGUACUGCAUUAUAUAAUAAAUCGGUAAUGGGCACAGCCAAUAGUCUACCCCGAGACCUAGAAAUUAUAAAUUAUGGUGCUGACUUUCUACAUCUGAAUUUAACUUUCCAGAAAUUACCCGCAUUAGCUACAAAAUUUUACUUUCAAGUACAACCUAAAGAUACAAUUGUAAAUAAAGUAUGUGUGAAUGAAACUCUACCCACAAUAGUGUGCACAUUACACAUAAAUGAGAGUACAUCUGGAUAUUUGUACAUAAACUUUGAAUCCAGCAAUAAUGAACUGUGUUGUAAAUAUUUACUCUUUUCAUUAUACUAUAUAAAGCGGCAUACAUACAGAGAACCUAAGGAUAUAUACCGUGAAUUAAAAAUAGACAUGAGAAAAGAAUGUAUUGAAUCAAUACAAACCGAUCCAUUAAUCAUUAAAGAAAUUACAAAAAAGGACUCAGAAAAAGGAGAUUCACAAAAAUCCCAAAAGAUUUCGGAGCCCACUGUAAUAUAUAAUGAACGGAAAUUUUCACAUGAAUGUACAAGACAAUUUGAAGGCAACCAGGAUAGUUUGAAUAUGUACCACCGUCUAAAUUACGGUUCAAAAACAGAUUUAAUACUUUUACAAGUAUUACCACACUAUUCCUUGAAAGUAAACAUCGGUUUGUACCAUUUUGACAAUAACACCAAAUUUAUAUGUAGCGAAACAUUAAAAGCGAGUGGAAAUAUAAAUGAAAGUAAUACAGAAGAGGUUAAAACAAUAUUUGUAAAUUUUACGAAAAUAAAUGCUGAAAAUGACAGUGAUAAAGAAUAUAUACAGUAUUAUGAGAAUAUGACCUACGAUAUAACGUGUAAAGGUAUACAUUCAAGGUGGUUACUAUUAAACAAAGAUAACAUGGUCCUACAAAUUCGUGAAGAAUUACGUAUUAAUUUAAACUUUAAUUUCAACAGCAACUAUUCAAGGCUUAUUUGCAUUGAAUACGAAUGCAAAAAUUUUAGAGAUAUAAACACAACAGUAUGUACGAGGAGAGUACGAAGAGAUUUAAACUUUCUGUCUUACAAGUAUCAAUCCAAUGAUAACAAUUGUAAUCCAGGCAGUGGUUCAAUAAUCGCAUAUAUCGUGUUGGUUGGAAUAAUACUGAUUCUUCUAUAUUUUGUUCUUUGUCGGAAAUUCAAGAAACCUCGACCUCCGAUGCCUUUGCCAGCGGAAGGAACUGAUUCGAACCAUAUUUUAUAUUCUGUAGCAUAUGAUCACGUAGUAAGACGCAGAUAAUAAAUACAAAGUGUAUUAUUACUGGUUGAUAUUUAAACGUAUUAAAUUUAUUGUAAUCUUAUUUAUAAGACGUGUAUUCAACUUUAUGCUGGAUUUGCUUCCAAGUAAGUCGUCAAAUAAAAAGCCGUACAUUGCAGUUAAGUUAUUUGAUAGUAGAUAAAUACUAAAUAGCUGGUAUAGUAAAUAAUGUGCUCGAAUGUGUUCAGGAAAUUCCAGAGCCGUGAUGUUUGUAUCCUAAAUGAUAGGGAGAUGAAAAAAGUUUUAUGAAAAGGAGUAAGAAGAAGGAGAGAAUAAUAUGAUAUAAUGAAUAUAAAGCAAUAUUAUUAAAAACAUUAUAAUAUAGAAAUUAAUAUUCGUCGUUUUUAUACGCCUUACAGUUUUCCUUGUAUUACAUUGGUACAUAAAAACAGACAAAUAUAGAAUUACUCAUUAAUUUGAUUAUUCAUUACUCACCAAGUAUAUCGUAUUCCUGAAAUAUUAGUGUAGACGUGCUUUUGUUUUAUUUCUAUUAAUCUAAUAAAUAUGAAGUCUAUUUUAUUAUACAUUAUCAUAUUUUUGUUUAUAGUAACUGUGACUUGUGAAUCCGGUAAGUAUCUUCAAAAUAGUUAUAUAACAAAAUAAUAUAGCGAUGAUAUAAUUUGUUCAUCAACAGAAUGUAUUUUUAUUAUGCCAGAAUCGAAUUUCUACCUUCC